GUACCUUCAGCCUUGCGAUUUCGCGGUUUAGAUGAAUGAUUCGCGUUUCCAAAAAUCUAACCAUUCAAUUAUUUUCUAUACGCUGAAUGGUAAUGAUUUAGGUACUUUCUAAGGCAUGCUCCAUAUUAUUUUCCAACUUCCACUUUUCAGUCGAUACAACGUUGCCAUAUAAUCUACGAUACCAUCACGUCCAUCUUGUUGAUAGCAUCUACAAACGGGUGGAGUCUCGGUCUAGUGCUGAACCGCUGAGUUGUCGUGAUGCGACGUACACACCAAACUUAGGCGCAUACGAUUUUAAACCACGGCGCAAUCCUAGGUGCGAAUCGACAACAUGCCGGCGUUUUCUGCCAUCAACCUCGAACCCGAGGAGAAUAUCGACGAAGAGAUCGACAACACUCGCGAAAUUCAGAUCGAUGAAGCACUUAAGCGUUUCCAGGCGGCUCUCAAACUCCACGCGCAAGGACCUAGGCACUACGAAGAUGCUUCCAUAGCUUAUGAAUCAUUGUUCGAAUCCGAUAUUUUUCGAUACCCCGAUAGCGCGACCGAUUUCGAACGUGCCGAACGACAGUCAGACCCUCGACAGCUUGGCUUCGAUGCCCCCUUCUCGCAACCGCUCGAUGUCUCCCAAGCAGAUAUCGACGGAAGUGGAAGUAGCUUGCCCCAGACACUUUACCUCGCAUACAAGAACCAUGGACAGUUCGUAUUGGACAACAUUAGGUAUUUGGCCAAGACGGGAGGGGACGCAGAAUCUGUAUUAGAAGAUAGGGGUGUCAUCGCGAGCGCCCAGAGAGCUCUUUAUGAGUUCAGCGCCGCUUUGGACUUUGAUCCUUCAGAUGCUGAACUCUGGAGGCGAGCCGCGCGGGUUGCCGCUUUUCUCAACAGUUCUCGAAUCGGUCGAUAUUGCCUUGAAGCUGCCAUCGAGUUGGACGAUGACCCAGCCGUGGAUGAAGUUGAACCGCCUUCCCUGGCUGAGGGUUUCGCGGGUGAACAACUGAAGAGUCAACUCAAUGUCUUGUCGGACGAUCUAGCGUUGUCGCACCCGAUUAUGAAACCGUUCCUGAAGAGAUCAAUAUCAGAUCGUCUCAAGAAACACCUCGAUCCCUUUCCGUUUCUUUCGAACCCUACAAAUUCGCUUAUGCCGCCUAAGCUUAUAGCGGCGGCAGACCAGCAACAUAAACGCCUCGUUCUUAACGCGACCGUAGCAUCAUGGGCGGAUUUAGGCAUGGCAAUUGUGCAUUCUGUCGCGGCCGGUGGCAUAUCCGGGACUGCCGUGACUCUGAAUUUACCCGAGAUACCGGAUGCUCAAGAAGAUGUCCAGAUGCUAGUCGAAAGGCCCAAGCCGGAAAUGGCGGAAGAGAGCGGGUCCGCUCAGCCAGCUUCAGAGAGUAAAUCCCUGACGUAUUCUAAAGAUGAUCAAAGUAAUUCUCCGAAAGAAUGCGCCGCUGAGAACGGGACUCCUAUAGAAGAUACGCGGGCCGAGCGUAGUGUCUCGGUUCUUUCUCGAAAGCGUUCACAAUCUACAGCGGGGUUGCCUGAUGGAGCGGAUGAGGAGGUCAUUGACCAAAAGAGGAGCAAACGAAUCCGUCGCCGAGAAACCGCGGGAGAAGUUAUGGACACGAACACGCAAUAUGCCACUCAGUUACAGCCUUUUCAAGCUGCUGACCAAAAUCUUUUCCAAAUAACACGUAAUAUGAUGGAGAACUUAGGAGUAACCGAUCGCGAUACUCUCGACCGACUAGCCGAAGUUCUCGAUUCUUGCGCUUCUUCCACCCGGACUGCUAAGCUUGCACGAUCGGCCAUGGUUGAUUUGCGUGACGCGUUGGUUAAAUUCGACGAAGAGAGCACCAGAGUGGUCUUCAAUAAGAAAGAAACAUCAUCCAUUGGUUUCUCGUCGUUUCUCGAGCACUCAAAACCGGGAUCUCAGAACAAGCCCGCAACGCCCAUGUUCCAUGAGACAAAAGGGUUGAAAGCCUUUGUCGAAAGAGUAAACGGAAAUUGGAUAGGAAUCCAAGAUGUAGCUUUUGAAUGGGUCCGUCAUGUGUGUAGGACUUACCUCACAAGCAAAUGGUCAGACACUAUGAAGACCGCCGUGGUUCAAGUUAUCAGCCAUUUGGACGAGGACAUCUGGAAUCGUAUGCUAUACGAGCUCAAUCAUUAUGAUUUAUCCGACGAUCCAGCAGAGACAUUAGCUAUGAUUGACCAAAUGGUUCAAAUGCUAUUCGAACUGCAUUUAGAUGUCUAUGAAAGAAUUACAAAUCCGAAUAGUGCCGUAGAUAUCGGUAUCCGUGUGGAAACCAAGGGAAGAUUAGGACGUUGGCUUGGAUUUGCCUCGCAAAUGAGUCAGGAUCGUUCUAAGGGCGCCGAUCACUCUUUAUCGGUCCGGUUUCUCUGGUCUUCCGUUUUUGCCGUUACCUUGACGGAGGGCGUAUCAAGGGACCACGUUCUUCAGUGUUGGAAGAGUCUCCGUGACAAUCUCGCCGAGGAACAGGAUUCUCCUGAUCUCCGUCUUCCAAAUAAUGCAAUCAUGCCAGAGGUCUCAGCUCAUGCUGCUGAUAGGGAAAUAUCUAAAUUGACGACAAUGGACUUCUUCCUAGGCUUGUUCCAAAACGACCUCAGUAAUCCUGUAUCGAUUAUCGAGAGCCUGGAACCAGUUCUCAACCCGUCUUCUGUUUAUAUAGCAGCACAGGAUUCCGAGGCAUCGGAUGCCAUGACGGUUGACAAAAGUAGUGAAAGUUCAUCCACUGCUCACGAGGGAUUGCCUAUCUCAGAGAUUGCGAAUCAAGGUCUUCGCGAUCUUUGGAAAUUUUUGUUAGGUACCAGCACCGAACUAAGAUUAUUCUUGUGGACACGCCUAGGGGAUGCCUACAAUGCCAUCGACUACACUACUAAACAAUUCUCGUGCCUUCUCAAGAGCAUUGAGAUGAUCGUCGCGGACUUCGAACAAGAACCUUACCUAGCUGUGUCCAUUGAGUCACGUCGUCCUCUAUUUCUGAAGAUGCUUAAGUUCCUAGAUGAGUUGCUGAUCCAGGCACUUUCAAUGGCACUUAACGAUGCCAAAUCAUUCGACAUUGUGGAUGAUGAACAUUUGAAGUCUAGCAUUUCAGCUCUAGCGAAGCUAUCUUGCAUACUACACGUAUGCUGCAUGUACGAAGACGAAGUACGUGUUGGUAUGAAGCAACAUGCUUCAAAUGGAGCAACUUUCCAAUCAUUCCUUACGAAGUUACGCGAGAUGCAGGUUCGGAACUGGUCGCUGCUUUACACAAUGCUUAAGGCCGGAAUCGCUCAGAAUAGGACGGGUUUCACAACACCAGAUAAUGAUCUUGCCGACUAUCUAGCGGCUAUUCAUCAGGUUUUGGGCCUUAGGAAAUUCUGCAAAUCAUCCAACAAAAUAUUCCUCAAAAUGAUGAGAGUAGAACUCCUAAAGCAAAACCUCAUAGACAAUUGGGAGGACUACCUUGGCCAAGUUCUCUACGAUCUAUAUGGUUUGAAGCUCGGGGUCGGCUUGAGUGAGGUACAAGAUCAUGGCUGUCCCUCUGAAAAGCUCGAGCGACGUAACACGACAGCGCUAGUCGAGAGGGUAUCUAUUCUUGCCAACCGCAUGCCUAUGAAAGAUUUACUUAAAUCCGACCUGAAAAACACCAUUGAGCACAUGCAACAGGCCAUCGGGCAGACCAAGUCAAACCAACAAUUCAUACAAAAUUUACGAAUAUUCAAUCAAACCCUACAAAGACCUAUUCCACCCCUACGCCUAUAUGAAGCGCUCAAGGGUAACAUAUCGAUUGAUGCCGUUACCGUCAAUACCCCAGAUAGCGCCUUAGCAAGGCAUAGAUGGUUUUUCCUUUUAGGCAUGAUCGCAUUCACCAAAUUUAAGGGCGUAGAUCUUAACAGGCGGCAGACACCGGGCGCUACUGACGACCUUCGUAUCGGCGCCACCUUUCUACGUCAACAACUCCAGUUCACUCCCGAUCAAUGGGAUGCGUGGUUCAGAUUAGCUGAAUGCUUCGAUUAUGAGCUCGAUGAAUCUGUACUCUGGACCGCAGACAAAAUGAAUAAAGAGAGGGCAGAAUUGGUUAAAUACCAACGUAGUGCGAUCCACUGUUAUACCCUGGCGUUGUCUCAGUCACGAAAUACACCACCCGAGAUGCUCGGGGAGUCUAUUGACGAUAUGCAUGAUCUGUACCACAAAUUCGGAAUGCGCAUGUAUGCUUCCAGCCGGGAACCCUUUGCUAUGGAACCCUUCCACCACUCAGAGCACAAGCGGUUUGUUAUCCUCGAAUCCGGUGUAGAGUCCAAGGACCUUCAUUCUCAAAUGGAGGACUACAAGGUUUGGAAGUAUGCCGCGAGAUUGUUCAAGAAAGCUAUGGAAGUCAAACCAAAACAGUGGCAGAAUCCGUACAUGGUGGCCAAAUGUAUCUGGAAGAUGUAUCAGAAGCCUCCGACAUCCCUCGAUCAUAGAGAUAGACGAGACCGACCUACGAUGGAAUCUGUCAUUAGCGCUCUUGAAAAGGCGAUUGAGGUUGUGUCUGCAUUGCCGAAACCGCGCCAUGGUCAAGACCCGAUCCUAGAACCCCAUUACAAAAUCGUAUCAAUCAUGCAUAAACUUGUUGUGAGAGGAGACAUUGCGCCGCAAGAAGCAGCUGAUAUACUUCAGCGCCAGCCAUACGCCAUCCAGGAUGGGGAACAUGUCGAGAUCAAUGAGCCCGAAGACUGGGAACCGUAUGUCAUCCAGACGCUCGGCCAUCUAAAAGAGAAGGAUAGAUCCAAUUGGCAACAUCGCAUUAUUAUGCGCCAUGCUAGAAUUUUAUUCGAUGAGAACUCGGAAGACCAGGGCUACGUUCAAGCAAUGGCUGCAUUCGGCGUGUUGAGGGAGUCGAUGCUUACCAAAACCAUGGUGAUGAACGUAUGGAAGUGCGACGCCGAACGGCCAGGUCGACAUCACGUUUUUACUGAGCAGUACGUGCGGUUCGUGGUUAAACUCUUAAUUGUUCUAAAAGAUAGGACAAAUUUCGAGGCUCUACUCCGUCGCCUGCGCAAAAAGGGUGCAGAUUUUUACCAUUUCAACGAACUCUGGCAGAUAUGCUGCGUCGAAUACCUCCGUCUGAUUCGGCAGACAUACAAAAUACCUCUAGUCGUCGAGGACGAUUUCAAAGCAGUAAGCCCCGAAGAGUUUGAUAUCAUCACGUCCAGGAUUAGUGAGUGGUCAUCAGACUCAUCUUCAUCUCACCCUGCACUUAGUGCCUUGCAGGAAACUAUCGAGUUGAAGAAACUUAACGCUGGUUUGAUGAAGGCCGGUGCCAUUGACGAUUUAAUCAGCGAUUGCUACACGGCAUUAUAUUUCGAAAUAGGGAAAUCCUUACCGGGUCCUGCUGUUUCUACUCUCAUUGCAGAGCGGGAGCAAGCCCGUCUCCGCGAGGAGGCACGCCAGUUGGAUAAAGCAUUGGAAGCCAAACACGCAAACCCACUGACGAAUCUCUUGAAUCCCCAAUCACAUGAAAACUCGGGGGCUGAAGGGGCGGCUGGCGAUUCGGCCCCGGCGAAUCCAGAAGGAGCGCAGCGGCCUCGUAAGGCUGGCAUUAGAAGAGCAGAUAUUCUUCGCAAGGCUGAACAGGCGGUUCUCCGUGCCCAAGAAGGCCCAAAGCCUACCAGCGCCAAAUCCCGUGGCUCUGUUUCUAGUAGUAAGACACCUGUAGCAGAGGAAGGAAAAGAAGGCGAGGUGAACGGCGAUUCGAGGAGCGACAACGGCGCACCAGAAGUCGAUGUCGAGAUGAAGGAUGAAGAGGUUGAGGGCGACCUGAGCUCGGCCCCAGGAAGCGUCCACGAUUCAGCUGAUGACGAGAGUGAUCUUAGUGAUGCGCCCCCGGAUGAUGUGUUGGACGAAGAUGAGGCCCAGGCUCUCAUGUUUCCUAACUUAAUUAGGAGAAGUAUGGAUACAGAGGCUGAUGAUUCCGAUAGUGAAGAAGAAUCUGAUGGCGAGGAGUCCUCAAACGAAGAAGGCGAGGAUAGGGAAGACGUUGAGGAGGCCGAGGAAGCUGAAGAAGUUGAAGAAUAGGUGAAAACUCUUCAGUCGGUUUUUCUUACGCGCAUUGUACCUUAGUAUAGGGGCUCCUUAUUGAAUGCACCUGGCGUUAUUAUUUAGGAGUGAUGGCGAAAAGGCUUUAAGCUAGAUUACAGGGGGUUCGGUGUGUGUUCCCAAUUCGCAGGGCUGGCUGGUUAAAUACCUGGACUAUCUAAGGACGUAGGUCUAGAAAGAGAUGGUGUAUGUUCGAGGAACGCGGUUCGCACCGAUCGGCUUUUAUUCAAUAGGCGGAGUUUAUAACGAGAUAUAUUACUACCUGGGUACAUUUAAAGGAUCUAGCAAUACAGUCAUAGGCGAUACGUCCUCAGGGUUCGGUUGUCUAGGUGUUUUAAAUGCUGAGUGAUAGACUGCAAACAUUCUGUAAAUAAGGGGUUUUUUA